UACAACUGUUUAAUACAAAUACGUGCGUGAUACUCUACAUCACCAAGGGAACGGGGAAGCUACAAAGCAACGAGUAGAUUCUCAAACUUUGAUAAAAUAUUUGGUAAAAAUGGCCGACCAAUCUGAACAAGGGCCAGCAGUGGAUGAUGACAACAAGAGUACCAAAAGUGGGCCAAAAAGUCAAGCAGGAUCAAAACCAGUUUCUAGGGCUGGGUCUGCACAAUCUGGAAAAAGUGGUAAAAGUGGAGGAAGCAAGAAAGCUGGAGAUGCUCCUGUUCCUCCGUCUCCAACUGGAUCAGCCAAGGAUAAUCCGGCAGCUGACUGGAGGACCAUGAGAAGAAUAAUCGCCGAGGACCCAGAGUAUUCCCUAGCAACAGUGCCAAGACUGAUUGAACUAUGCAUUUCACACAUUGUGUCAAAUUUUGAGAAUAAUUCAACAAUCUUAAACAAUCUGCUACCAAAACACAAAUCAAUAGUACUUGAAAAGAUAUCAACUGACCUACCACUGAAGAUCACAGCAAAUCUUGUGGAGGAUGAAGGAUAUUGGAAGCGCUGCUGCAAAGCCCGCUGGCAAAUCUGUGAUGUAGCUGCAUAUGGCAACAACUGGAAGCGAAUGUACUUUGAAAGAAAUCUCCAACAGAUUAUCGAACACUUUGUACCAGAAUCAACAGAUAUGACAGAACUAAAUGAGACUCUUCCAUUAUCAGCUAAUUAUGUCAAGAAACUAGAUAUUAGACAGCUCCUUCCACCAGUGAGAGAGGCCCCUAAAGGUCCAGAUUUUGAUGAUGCCUCAGAUGCAGGAAGUGAAGCUGGAGAUGAACCAGAAUGUGAUCAUUUUAACUUUGGGCCAAUUUUGAAACAGCUGCCAAAUAUAGAAGAACUUCAUUUAACAUAUGGAGUGAAAGACUGUGGUAUGAAUUUUGAAUGGAACUUAUUUAAUUUCACUGCUAGAGACUGUUUGCUUCUGGCUCAGUGUGUGGCUGCCACAAAAGGACUCAAAGUUUUCAGGCUGCACAGAAGUAAAGUGGAUGAUGAUAAAGUCAGAGUGCUGAUCAGUCACAUACUGGAUCACCCUGCUUUGAUUGAGUUAGAUCUGUCCCACAAUGUGAUCAGUGACCGUGGUGCCAGAGCCGUAGGAAAGUUCCUCAAUAAUCACAGCCAGUUAGUGAAGCUGAACCUCUGUGAUAAUGAUGUGAGACACAGUGGUGCCCAGGCCAUAGCCCAUGCCCUGACAAAAAACACAACAUUGACCGAUUUGAACAUUCGACUGAAUCGUUUGGGAGAUGAGGGAGGGCAGGCUAUCUGUAAAGCUUUGCUAAAGAAUACAACUCUUUGUAAUAUAAACAUGGCUAGUAGUGAUCUAGGAGAGCCAACAGCUGCUAUUUUCUCUCAAGUUGUCAUGCAGAACACAACCCUCAAGGCUGUGGACCUGUCAUCAAACAGACUUGGAGCAGAGGGUGGAAAGCAAAUCCAGGAGGGAAUGGAAGACAAUACUACUAUUACACACAUGGAUCUUAGGCUGACUGACUCUGGGCAAGAAGCCGAGUACUGCAUUAACCAGAUUCUGCACCGAAACCAGGAACGAGAGCGGGAAAGCAAGAUUUCUGAGCCCCCACCACCCUCCAAGAAAAUUCAGCCCCAAGCUGCCCACAGGUUUAAACCUACAAAGGCCUGAUUGCUAAAUUGCAUGUUGUAGGCUCAUAUUGAGAUGUUCUUCAUCUAAAUUUCUGAAAUUUUGUUAUAGAUGUAUUUGUAUUGUUAUUUUCUAUGAGAUAAUGUAUUGUUAUCAUGUCCAUUUUUGAUAUUUAUGUUAUAUGUGCUGAGAUGUUUGACAAAUAAUAACAUGAUCUAGUACUUACA